GCAGAGUUCAUCCAGUCAACCCGCAAAUCCGCAACCCCGACCCGCCAAAACGACCCCUCUGAACCCGAAGCUACUGUCAUCUUCUUCACAACUUCACUCCAUUACCGAAUUGUACUGCGAUUUGAGAGCAAUUUCUCCGCAAACUUAUCUUCUUUCUUCUAUUGUGAACGAAACUUGUGAAGUGCAUUAUAUGAGCUCAAUCAGUUGAAGCCAUAAUUUGAUUCCUGGAUCCAACACUGUCACUUCAUUACAGGCCUACAAGCUUGUAGUUUGAAAAUGGCGUGGUUUAGUAGCAAAAAUACAUGGGGGAACUUUCCUGAUUUGGCGGGUGCGGUGAAUAAGCUUCAGGAGAGUGUAAAGAAUAUUGAGAAGAAUUUCGAUAAUGCUCUUGGUUUCGAAGAGAAGUCUGAAUCCAGCAAUGAAGCCGCAGGUUCAUGGCCUUUAGUGGCCGACAGGAAAACGCUAUUUAAUCCUGUUAUGUCAUUUAUGGGGAAUAAAAAUGAGGAGGAUACCGAAGAAACGCCUGGAGAACAUAAAUCCUCUGAACAGGAAUCUGGAACUGAGAAAUCAUUGGAACAAACUGAAUCUCCAGAACAUCUACCUGAAGCUGAAGGAAUAGAAAGCCGUGAAACUGAGGCAGUCCAGAUUGAAACUGGUCAGGCCAUCCAAACUGAAACUGAAGAAAGUACUGCUAGGGAAGAAAGUGAAGUGCAUGAGAUAGAGGAACGCGGUGACCAUGAAGAGUCAACAGAUGGAGCUGUCACAUUGAAUUCAGAACAAGGAAAGUCAGAACUUCCCUUACCAGUAGUGCCUGUUGAGCUUUCUGAAUCCGUUGUUCAGAAUGUUGAGAGUUCAGUUUCUAUUAAUGAACCCCAAGAGAGUGAGAAUGCUGAAGUGAAAACUCCUACAAGUCCAGAGACACACACGCCUGUUAAUUUUCAGGAGGAUCAAGCUGCAGGUAAUACUUUUGAGCCUGGUGAGUCAGAUGGCCUUAUUGAAGUGAGGGAGAAUUUUCGAGAGAAAAUCAAGGAGCAGAGGAGUGAAGAAGAGAGAUUUGAGGCAAAUGAGGGCAUGGAAGGGGUUUCUCUUGUUCAGCCUGAGGCAUCCAGUGACACCAAGAAAGGAGGUGACACCAUGCCUUCUGUGUUAUCUUCUGUGGCAUCUGAGGAAAUAAAUAGUGUUGGUCAACCCAGUUCUAUUCCAUCAUCAUCUGAGGUGGCACCUGCUUUAGUUUUACAUGAAAAUGAAUCAGCUGCUAAUCAAAAUGAAGGUGAAUACUUAUCCAAUCAUGCUGAAUCUGACAUGAAAGAGCAGCGUUCGAGUUCUGUAACAGUAGACUCAGAUUCUGUGCUUGAACUAGAGAGUGUGAAGAAGGAGAUGAAAAUGAUGGAAACUGCCCUACAAGGUGCCGCAAGACAAGCUCAGGCUAAAGCUGAUGAGAUUGCAAAAUUGAUGAAUGAAAAUGAACAGUUAAAAUCAGUGAUUGAGGAAUUGAAGAGAAACUCCAAUGAGGCUGAAAUUGAAACUCUUAGAGAAGAAUACCAUCAAAGGGUUGCAACCCUUGAGAGAAAGGUAUAUGCCCUCACUAAGGAAAGGGAUACUCUUCGUCGAGAGCAAAGUAAAAAAAGCGAUGCAGCUGCUCUCUUAAAGGAAAAGGAUGAAAUAAUUAAUCAAGUUAUGGCUGAAGGGGAAGAGCUUUCUAAGAAGCAGGCUGCUCAGGAAUCUGCAAUCAGGAAACUAAGGGCUCAGAUCAGAGAGCUUGAGGAGGAGAAGAAAGGUUUGACUACUAAACUUCAGGUGGAGGAGAAUAAAGUAGAAAGUAUCAAGAGGGACAAGACGGCUACAGAGAGUUUGUUGCAAGAAACAAUAGAGAAACACCAAGCAGAACUUGCAGCUCAGAAAGAUUAUUACACCAGUGCUUUGGCUGCUGCUAAGGAGGCUGAAGCUUUAGCGGAAGCACGUGUCAACAAUGAAGCAAGAAUUGAGUUGGAGACUCGUCUAAGAGAGGCUGAGGAACGUGAAUCUUUGCUGGUCCAGGCGCUUGAAGAAUUGAGGCAAACAUUAAGUCGAAAAGAACAGCAGGCAGUGUUUAAAGAAGACAUGCUGCGAAGGGACAUUGAGGAUCUUCAAAAGCGUUAUCAGGCAAGUGAAAGACGAUGUGAGGAACUGGUUGCUCAAGUGCCAGAAUCAACGAGGCCACUUUUACGGCAAAUUGAAGCCAUACAGGAAACAAACGCCAGGAAAGCAGAAGCUUGGGCUACUGUUGAGAGAACCCUUAAUUCUCGAGUUCAGGAAGCAGAGGCUAAAGCUGCUGCUGCAGAGGAAAGAGAACGAUCUAUGAAUGAACGCUUAUCUCAAACCUUGUCUCGAAUUAAUGUCCUUGAGGCUCAGAUUUCAUGCCUUCGGGCAGAACAAGUUCAGGUAAGUAGGUCCCUCGAGAAGGAGAGACAAAGAGCAGCUGAAAACAGGCAGGAAUACCUCGCAGCAAAGGAGGAAGCUGAUCGUCAAGAAGGUCGUGUAAGACACCUUGAGGAAGAAAUUAGGGAACAGCGGCAGAAGCACAAGCAAGAGUUACAGGAGUCAUUGAUGCAUCGGGAACUUCUACAAAAGGAGAUAGAAAGAGAAAAGGCUGCUCGAGCAGAUUUGGAGAGCAGUGCCCUUGUUAAUUCUACUCCAUCAUCUGAUCAAACUUCUACUAUGAAGAAAAAUUAUGCCGUUGAAAAUGGCAACCUGUCUCGGAAAGUCUCUAAUGCAAGCUCUUUUGGGAGCAUGGAAGAAAGCUACUUUCUGCAAGCAUCCCUGGACUCAUCUGAUAGUUUCUCUGAGAGAAGAAACCCUGGAGAUCAUAAUUUGAGUCCUUACUAUAUGAAGAGCAUGACAACUAAUUCUUUUGAAGCUGCAUUGCGUCAGAAGGAGGGUGAACUUGCAUCAUAUAUGUCACGUUUGGCAUCAAUGGAAUCUAUACGUGAUUCUCUUGCUGAGGAGUUGGUCAAGAUGACAGAACAGUGUGAAAAGCUGCGAGGAGAAGCUGCCACAUUGCCUGGUUUACGAGCAGAGCUGGAAGCACUGCGGAAGAGGCACUCUGCUGCUUUGGAGUUAAUGGGUGAACGUGACGAGGAGCUGGAGGAACUUCGUGCGGAUAUCGUGGACUUGAAGGAAAUGUACAGGGAACAAGUUAACUUGCUUGUGAACAAGAUCCAAAUGAUGAACUCGUCAGCUGAUAUAGCCUAAUUUGGAUAAACAGAGGGGGAAAAGGAAAUUAUUUGGAAUUUUCGUGUCUUGAGUUUUGUUUGGUGUCAAUAAGAUUAGUUUUAGUAUUUGAGUUUAAUGCCUUAGGUCACUGGGUGGAAGCGUCGGGUGGGAGAUGUAUUUUUUUGUUGUUCUUGUCAUGGUAGCAGAUAUACGUAAGCACCCCUACUAAAUGUAUCAUGGAUGAAUGUUGUAUAGUCAAAUCUCUUUAUAAGCCAUUCAACGCUGUCAUAAUUAAUCACUUUUGA